AUGCAUGAGAGCACAAGCUGUUCCGGAGACUAUGCUAUCACACCCUACACAGCUUAUGUCACUGACAGCGGGAAGAGUCCUUCAGGGGAACCAGACCCAGAGACAUCCAAACCAGCAAGACAACACCACUGCUCCCACUGUGAAAAGAGCUUUUGCUGGUCAGGGAACCUAAAACUGCAUGAGAGGACACACACAGGAGAAAAGCCUUUCCAAUGUUCCCAGUGUGGAAAGAGUUUUACCAUGUUAGCUAACCUGAAAAGGCAUGAGAGAAUACACACAGGAGAAAAGCCUUAUCACUGUUCCCACUGUGGAAUGAGUUUUACGCAGACAGGGCACCUAAAAGCUCAUGAGAGAAUACACACAGGAGAAAAGCCUUUCCAAUGUUCCCAGUGUGGAAAAAGUUUUACUAAGAAAGGGCAAUUAAAAGAGCAUGAGAGAAUACACAAAGGAGAAAAGCCUUACCAAUGUUCCCAUUGUGGAAAGAGUUUUACUCUUAUAGGAAACCUAAAAAAGCAUGCGAGACUACACACCGGAGAAAUGCCUUUCCAAUGUUCCCAGUGUGAAAAGAGUUUUGCCGUGUUAGCUAACCUGAAAAGGCAUGAGAGAAUACACACAGGAGAAAAACCUUACCACUGUCCCCACUGUGAAAAGAGGUUUAUUCAGUUCGGGGACCUAAAAGCUCAUGAGAGAAUACACACAGGAGAAAAGCCUUAUCACUGUUCCCACUGUGAAAAGAGUUUUAUUCAUUUAGGGUACCUAAAAGCUCAUGAGAGGACACACACAGGAGAAAAGCCUUUCCAAUGUUCCCAGUGUGGAAAGAGUUUUACCAUUUUAGCUAACCUGAAAAGGCAUGAGAGAAUACACACUGGAGAAAAGCCUUAUCACUGUUCCCACUGUGGAAUGAGUUUUACGCAGACAGGGCACCUAAAAGCUCAUGAGAGAAUACACACAGGAGAAAAGCCUUUCCAAUGUUCCCAGUGUGGAAAGAGGUUUACUAAGAAAGGGCCGUUAAAAGAGCAUGAGAGGAUACACACAGGAGAAAAGCCUUUCCAAUGCUCCCAGUGUGGAAAGAGUUUUACCUGGUUAAGGAGCCUGAAGGAGCAUAAAAAGACACACACCAAAAACACCCUACCACUGCUCUCCCUCUGUGUGGAAGGACAUUUUCCCAGUCACAGAACCUGAAAUCGCAUAAGACAAUAAAGGUGCUGUGUUCUGACUUAUUAUUUUGACUGAGAAUUUGUGUUUUUGUUUAUGCCACAUGAAAUCAUAUUGUUUAUGAUUAUACCUGUCUAUAUAAGGUCCCACAGUUGAC